UCUUACCUUCUCAUUCUUCUCUUUCUUCAGCUCCAUGGCUAAGCUCUAUUCAGCAGGAAAAAGCCCCCCAAGGAUGGCUGCAAUGCUGCUUCUUUUUGGGCUGCUAAUGGCUAGUCUAGAGAUAACAGGUGCCCAAAUAGGAGUUUGUUAUGGCAGGAAUGGCGACAACUUGCCAGCACCAGGAGAAGUUGUAGCUCUCUACAACCAGUACAACAUCCGAAGAAUGCGACUAUAUGACACUAGACAAGAUGCUCUCCAAGCCCUUGGAGGCUCUAAUAUUGAGCUCAUCCUAGGCGUCCCCAACGAUAACCUCCAAAAUAUUGCUUCCAGCCAGGCCAAUGCCGAUUCAUGGGUCCGAGACAACAUAAAAAACCAUCCUAAUGUAAAGUUCCGGUACAUCGUAGUUGGAAACGAAGUGAGUCCUUCAGGCGCCCAGGCCCAAUUUGUUCUCCCUGCUAUGCAAAACAUUAACAAUGCAAUUUCUUCCGCCGGCCUAGGGAACCAAAUCAAGGUCUCCACCGCCAUUGACACUGGAGUUCUAGGAGUGUCCUACCCACCAUCAAGUGGCUCCUUCAAGAGUGACGUCCUGUCAUUUCUCACUCCCAUCAUCAGCUUCUUAGUCAAGAACAAUGCCCCAUUACUUGUCAACUUGUACCCUUAUUUCAGUGACCUUAGCAAUCUGAAUUAUGCUCUUUUCACAGCUCCUGGAGUUGUGGUGCAAGAUGGGCAGCUUGGUUACAAGAAUCUUUUUGAUGCCAUAUUGGAUGCUGUUUACUCAGCACUGGAGAGGGCUGGUGGGAGUUCUUUGAAGAUUGUUGUUUCAGAGAGUGGUUGGCCUUCAGCCGGCGGGACACAAACCACAGUUGAUAAUGCAAGGACUUACAACUCCAAUUUGAUUCAGCAUGUCAAAGGUGGGACUCCAAAGAGGCCUACAGGACCUAUUGAGACUUAUGUGUUUGCCAUGUUUGACGAGUACAACAAAACCCCCCCAGAAUUGGAGAAGCAUUGGGGGCUCUUCCUCCCUAACAAACAACCUAAAUACACAAUCAAUUUCAACUAGAAGAAGCAAAAUUAAGUGCAGUAGAAGACUAAGGGCGAGGCUUUCUUUCAUGUAUUACUAUAUUGAAUAAGGGUCUCCCCCCACUUCUUCGAAAGAUGAUCCUAUAGAGGCAAAAUGCUACCACAUUUUUGUCUUCAUAUAUGCCAUAAUAAAAGCUAAAUAAUCUUAAUAAAGGAGAAUACAUUAUCUUAAUAA